UUUGUGGACCACCCAAAUUGUCCUUUGCAGGGCUUAUAAGGUCAUGAAGAUCGAUAUUGUUUCUGGAUUCUUAUUAUAAGUUGGCAAUUGGUAUCUAUCUGGUGGCCUCAUGAAGGAAACACUAAGGUACUUGGCAGGAAUUGCAGGCCCAAGUGGUUAUGGCUCAAACUCAACUGCAGAGCAAGUCACAGAAGAUUCCUCUUGCUGUGUUUCUUCCCGUUUAACUGCAAUAAUCACUGGGGCAACGUCAGGGAUUGGAGUUGAAACUGCAAGAGUCUUAGCAAAGAGAGGUGUGAGGGUCGUAAUUCCAGCAAGGGAUCUAAGGAGGGCAGCUGAAUUGAAGGAGGAGAUUCAAAAGGAGAGUCCUCACGCUGAGAUCAUAUUGUUGGAGAUUGAUUUGAGCUCCUUAACUUCUGUAAAGAGAUUUUGUACCGAGUUCUUGUCACUAGAGUUACCCCUUAACAUUCUCAUAAACAAUGCUGGAAUAUUCUCUCAGAAUUUGGAGUUCUCUGAAGACAAAAUCGAGAUGACGUUUGCUACCAAUUACUUGGGACAUUUUUUAAUAACAGAAAUGCUGCUGGAGAAAAUGGUAGAAACAGCAGACAAGACAGGCAUCCAAGGAAGAAUAAUAAAUGUUACUUCUGUUAUUCAUAGCUGGGUGAAGAGAGAUGAAUUUUCCUUCAAUCAAAUGCUCAAUCCAAAGAACUAUAAUGGGACUCUAUCAUAUGCUCAGUCAAAAUUGGCUAACAUAUUGCAUGUUAAGGAAAUGUCAAGACACUUGAAGGCAAGGAAUGCAAGGGUAACUAUCAAUGCAGUACAUCCAGGCAUUGUGAAGACAGGAAUCAUUAGAGCUCAUAAGGGCUUUAUAACAGAUUCUUUGUAUUUCAUUGCAUCCAAGUUACUAAAGUCAACAUCUCAGGGUGCAUCCACCACAUGCUAUGUUGCUCUCAGCCCACAAUUAGAAGGGGUGACAGGGAAAUACUUUGAAGACUGCAAUGAGAGUAACUGCUCAAGUCUAGCAAAUGAUGAAUCUGAAGCACAAAAACUAUUGCAGCGCACUCGAGCUCUGAUUAACAAGCAAUUAGGCCAACCAGCAGCUUAAAAUCUAUCUUCUUCUGUAAAUUUAGAGCCUUAGGAGUCUUGUGUUACAAAUAUUAAAACCAGUCAGAGAAGCCUACUAAUAGGUGACCACCUAAAAUACAUAAUACAAUAAAGGGGCUUGAGAACUAUACCCUUCUCAUCACCUCUAAAGGCUAUGGUCCUCCAACUCUAGGCUUAUUCAAUAAUUGAAAUAUGAUAAUUAUACAAAAGUCGUCCCUGAUUGCUUG